AGGCACGGUUUUUGUUGUUGUUGUUCCAUUAUUUUGAGGUUAGGGCACAAGGAGUGCCCAAACUCAUCAUCUCACUUUUUAUACAGCUGGGCAAACUGCCUAAAGUUUCCUCAAGCCUCAGCUUUACUAUUUUCUUAAAUGGCUAAAACUCACAAAAGACAUCCAGUUUUAAAAACUUUGCGGCCCCGGAAGUAAAAGGUUAAGGAAGGGGGUUCACAGGAGAAGGCUAUUUCCGUUUCCGUACGGAAGCAAAGGAGCCGACAGCAUGGCGAAAGCCGGGGAUAAGAGCAGCGGCAGCGCUAAAAAAAGUCUAAAACGGAAAGCCCCUGCCGAAGAACUUCAGGAGGCUGCAGGCGCUGGGGAUGUGGCGACGGAAAGCGGGGUCCAACCCCCGAAAGCGGCUGCCUUUCCGCCAGGCUUUAGCAUUUCGGAGAUUAAAAACAAACAGCGGCGACACUUAAUGUUCACGCGGUGGAAACAACAGCAGCGGAAGGAAAAGUUGGCAGCUAAGAAAAAACUUAAAAAAGAGAGAGAGGCUCUUGGUGAUAAGGCUCCACCAAAGCCUGUACCGAAGACCAUUGACAACCAGCGAGUGUAUGAUGAAACCACAGUAGACCCUAAUGAUGAAGAGGUUGCUUAUGAUGAAGCUACAGAUGAAUUUGCUUCUUACUUCAACAAACAGACUUCUCCCAAGAUUCUCAUCACAACAUCAGAUAGACCUCAUGGGAGAACAGUACGACUCUGUGAACAGCUCUCCACAGUUAUACCAAACUCACAUGUUUAUUACAGAAGAGGACUGGCUCUGAAAAAAAUUAUUCCACAGUGCAUCGCAAGAGAUUUCACAGACCUCAUUGUUAUUAAUGAAGAUCGUAAAACCCCAAAUGGACUUAUUUUGAGUCACUUGCCAAAUGGCCCAACUGCUCAUUUUAAAAUGAGCAGUGUUCGUCUUCGUAAAGAAAUUAAGAGAAGAGGCAAGGACCCCACAGAACACAUACCUGAAAUAAUUCUGAAUAAUUUUACAACACGGCUGGGUCAUUCAAUUGGACGUAUGUUUGCAUCUCUCUUUCCUCAUAAUCCUCAAUUUAUCGGAAGGCAGGUUGCCACAUUCCACAAUCAACGGGAUUAUAUAUUCUUCAGAUUUCACAGAUACAUAUUCAGGAGUGAAAAGAAAGUGGGAAUUCAGGAACUUGGACCACGUUUUACCUUAAAAUUAAGGUCUCUUCAGAAAGGAACCUUUGAUUCUAAAUAUGGAGAGUAUGAAUGGGUCCAUAAGCCCCGGGAAAUGGAUACAAGUAGAAGAAAAUUCCAUUUAUAAAGUACUGAGAGAAUAAUACUUGAUUUUGCUGAACAGGCCUAUCUUGAACUUUGGUAAAUUAUUUUUGACAAUACUUUUCAAAAUGGCAUUUGCUGAUUUCAUAAACCUUUCACGUCUGGACGAAUUACCAAAUGCCAUGAAUUGCCACUGUGUGUUUAUGUAGAAAAUACAAAUAAAAGUUAUUUUGAUGGCUUAGGUUUCCUUAAA